AUGGAUCGCGCGGCGGCGUCGACGGCGACGUCGACGAGUGCUGUGUCGUCCAACCCGGAACCACUCGCGUCCGGCGCGUGCACCGUCCUAGUCGUCGGUGCCGAGGGUGAUUUCGUCGAACCGUCUCUGCUCGUGACCACGAGCUCGGGGGCGCAGUACGCGUUCGAAGUCCCGGAGGCGUACUCCAGACUCGCUUUGGAGCAUCGAGCGCGACCGGGAUCGAAGUUGAAAGCGUGCUUCGUCACCGAGCGAAGCGCUCGAGCGGUGGGUGGACUCACGGGACUGAUUUUAAGACUGGCGGCGGACGGACACGCGCGGUUGGUCGUGGCGGGACCAAACGGCACGGCGGCGGAGGUGUGCGCGGCGCAAAAGUGCGCGCGAUGGGUGCAUCCGGAGGUUCAUGGAGUGAAUCUGCGCUCGAACACGCGACGGUGCGGAGGGAUCGGGUGUUACGCGGACGAGGCUGUGACGGUGUGGCCACUGUUCUUGGACGACGACUGCGAGUGUCUCGUGUGUGAGUGGGAGGAGCACAGGCGGAACAAGGCGGUUUCGAGCGAAGAGGAUGGGUCAGAUGAUGGUAAAGGAGUCGAUGGAUCCGAUCACGCACGAUGCACUUCGACAGAUGUGAGAUCGGCCGCUCAAACCAUUUGCGUUGGUUAUGUGUGCGAGCUGAAAGACACCGCCGAUUCACUGGGUGUUCGCAUCUUGAUCAUGAACGCGAAGAGUUCGGACCACGUUCCACGACUGUCUUCUAUUCCUACACUACGAUGUUUUUCAACAAAAGCUUGUCAUGCCAUCGACGCUGUUUUCCACUGCACGCCUACAGAUGUGGCGAGCACACCUACAUACCAGUCGUGGGCGGAGUCACUUUCAUGCGAGCACUUUUUCUGUCGAUCAUGCGACGAGUUGGGGUUCCGAGCGAGCGCUCGAAUGUCAUUGCGACUGAAUACUGUGGAUUCAGAUGCUUUUCCUAUCCCAAAAGCUCUCCAUGGAUCGCGAAACGGAGGUCUUACUGGGCGAUUUGAGGUCCUCGGGUUGUGUGCUUCCAUUCGUGUCUGCAAAAACGAAUCGAAGAAGUGCAAACUGGAUGCUCAGACGCUGAGGCCCGAUGAUUUACAGCCUGAUGCAGUUUUGAACGAGCUUAAGAUGCUGCGUCCAGAUUUAGCGACUUCAUCGCAAGCAACUCUGGAAAGAAUAAAGCGCGAUGAAGUUGCCGAUCUCAAGGACCCAAACGAUGAAACAAGUCAAGACGUUGCCCUCGCUCUAAAAUCCAGGCUUAUGCGUGGAUUAAUUGGAAUGAAGAGAAAAACGAGCGAAUUCGACCCUGAAAUCAUAUUUCUUGGCACUGGCUCUGCCGAACCGAGCAAGUAUCGUGGAAGCAGUGGCAUUCUCGUUGAGCUACCACACCCGACAGUAUCACAUGGAAAGUCAUGGUUGAUGCUUGACUGCGGCGAGGGAACGGUCGGGUCUAUAGCGCGAAUGUUUGGCCGUGAAGUGAUGAUGUCGAUCGUGCAAAGUCUGAAGAUGGUCUGGAUCUCUCAUCACCACGCAGACCACAUGUUGGGCGUUCGUGGCGUGUUGGAUGUACACUCUCAAACUUGUGAGGCACCGCUCACUCUAGUCGGACCAACGAUAUUGAGAGAGUGGUUAGAAAUAUGUGGUGUGUCAAAGUCAUCGUAUCGAUUCAUUCGCUCGCGGGACUUGUUUGCGGGUCCUUUUGGACGUUUGCCACCACCACCACCACCACCAAUGCAACCAAAGUCGCAACCAAGAUCAGUUGUCAACGCGCAUCAAUCGAUGCCGUCGGGUCCCAACUCAAAUCGAGGUUCGCUCAGUUCAAUAGAAACCACCCUCAUUCAGCUGACUGGCCUGAGUCGAAUCGAGGCAGUUCCAGUGGAGCACUGCAGAGACGCCGCGGCGCUCAUUAUUGGAUCACCGUCCAACUGGAGUCUUGCUUACUCGGGUGAUUGCAGACCGUCGCGAGCAUUUGCCCGCGCAGCAAGAGGGUGUGACGUUAUGAUCCACGUAGCAACUUUCGAGAAUGAGUUGUACAAUCACGCAGUGAGAAAACGGCACUCAACGACAUCAGAAGCGUUGGAAACAGCAGCAGAUGCGCAGGUGAAGCACAUUGUACUCACGCAUUUCAGUCAGAGGUACCCGAAAGCGAUCAGCCUAGACAGUCUAAGCAUAGAGCCCAUCAUUGCGUUCGACGGUUUUCGCGUUUUGCUUAGUCAACUGGAUCGCAUGAAACAUCUGCAACCCACUAUCGCACGGGUCGCUUCUCUCGGCAGCGAAGCACGUUCCGAGGUAGAUAUGUAG